AUGAGACUGAAACUUCUGCACCUUCAGACCAGAUCUUUCCACGCUUUAACAACAAUAUGCCAGUGCCAAAGCUUUAACAGAACUGGACCUUCUCUGUUAAAGUUGGAUUGUGAAGUUGACAGAACAGCUCACAGAAGAGCAAAGUCUUGGAAUUUGUAUCCUCCGAAAACUGCUUCUCCUUGUUCCACAAGUCGAUGUGUGCAAGUCAAGAAUGGGCAGUUGCUCCAAGGAGAUGUGUCAGCUUCUGGAAAAAUUGUUUAUUAUCAGCAUGGGGAGGGCUUUUUCCCGUUCUGGAAACGUUUUGGUGUGGCGAUGAUGGAAAGCUACAGGCUCAAUACUGAGCGUGUUACAAAGCUGAGGAAUGUAUCAUCAAGAUUUUACUCGGUUGUAUCGGCUGGUAAAAUAAUUCCAAAGCACGGUAACCAGCCGGUUAAGAGGCCACCAAAGGCACCAAGGACCAAGCAGCCAUCCAGAACUAACCAGCCACUACUGUCAGAUAUGGAGAAUCUGAUGCAGUGCACAGCCUUUGCAACAGCAGAUGAAUAUCAUCUUGGUAAUCUGUGUCAUGACCUGACUUCACAUGGAUAUGUUGAAAUAACAAGUUUGCCUAGAGAUGCUGCAAACGUUUUGGUGAUUGGUACUGAGAAAUCUGCAAAAGAAGAUGAUUCUGGCAUGAUUUUUUUCUUCAGGGAAGGGGCUGUUGUGUUUUGGAAUGUGGAAGAUAAAAGUAUGAAAAAUAUCAUGCGAGUGCUAGAACAGCAUGAAAUUCAGCCGUACGAAGUUGCACUAGUCCAUUGGGAGAAUGAGGAGAUGAACUAUAGAAUAGGAGAGGGUCAGUCAAAGCUUCAUAAAGGAGAAAUCUUGUUAAAUUCUGAGCUGGAUAGUGAUGAAGUUGUUCUGCAGAAAUUUGCCUUUUCAAAUGCUCUUUGUCUUUCUGUAAAGCUGGCUAUUUGGGAAUCAUUAUUGGAUAACUUUGUGGAAUCUAUCCAGUCAAUUCCUGAGAUACUGAAGUCACGAAGGAAGGUGAAACUGUCCCAUGCAGAUGUAAUGCAGAAAAUUGGAGAACUCUUUGCAUUAAGACACCGUAUAAAUCUGAGUUCAGACCUGCUAAUAACACCUGACUUCUACUGGGACAGAGAAAAACUGGAAGAGCUUUAUGACAAGACUUGCCAGUUUCUCAACAUUAAUCGCAGGGUUAAGGUAAUGAAUGAAAAGCUUCAGCACUGCAUGGAGCUGACAGACCUCAUGCGGAAUCACCUGAAUGAAAAGCACGCUCUGCGCCUCGAGUGGAUGAUAGUAAUACUCAUCACCAUAGAGGUUGGUGGGGUUUUUUCCACUAUCAUACUGAAAAUGUAGAAGCAAGUGCAACUUAUAUACUUCAUAAUUUGAGAAUCAAGAUUAUU